UGAGUCACAUGGUGCUGCCUGACGGAGGGAGCUGAUGGAGCCAGAUGAGGGAGGCAGGAGGCGAGCCCCUCCGGUUGCGCGUCAGCAUCCCCUCAAAUAGGAAUCUGCUGCUGUCACUUCUGCUCCACAUUCCGAGAGGCGAACCGCCGAAGCCCCCCCAGAAACCACAACUCAAAGCCCAACUCCGUCUGGCAUGCAGCUGAUUUUUUUUGUUCUAGUAUUUUGCAUGUGAUGGCCAAGGAAGAAGAGUAAGGGGCGGCUGUGCGCUGUGAGGAGGCUGGAGCUCUCCAAAGAAUGAUAGUGAGGACCAGGGCGCGCUGUCCCGGGAGAACUCAUCCGAAGAGCUGGCACCGAGGCACCGGGAUGCUCCUGUGACGCACCGGGUGGGGGGGUGGACCGGUUUUCCUGAGCAGACGGUCUGUGUGGCAGAGUUUUAGCUCGAGUGGAAGUGACUGAGUGACUGAGUGACUGAGUGAGUGAGUGGCUGUCAUGGAUGAAAGGGGACAAGAUGGCGAGGACCCUCCCUACCAGAACCUGCUUCUCCUGGGAGCCAUCGCAGCAGCGUCUGCCUUCGUGGUCACCAUCCUUAUUGUCCUCGUCUGCGUCGGCUGCCAAAGAAAAAGCAAGACCAAGCACCCUCCAGCCGGAGAGAAAGGGACAUCUGUAAAUAUGCAGGGCACACUUCGCCAUCCCAAACUGAACUCCAUGAGCAAAUCUGACACCAGGCUGCACGAGAUCAAUCGCUUUCCCUGCAAUGGAAACUCUGUUGGUAAGAGCCGUCCAGCCAGCAUGGACCUCCUGCUCCUCCACAGUCGCUGCUCCCAGACAGACCUGAGGCCCUCCCAUGGGCGCCAGCUACCCCAGAUCCCCACCAGUCCCCAGGGAUCUGGCCACGGGGAGGGUGGGGAGACGGGAGGAGAAGGGGGAGGAGGAGGAGGAGCAGGAGUUGGAGGAGGAGGAGGAGCGGGAGGGGCAGGAGUAGGGGAGGCCAGAGACCACACUUAUACCGAGGUGGGCCUGCGCAACAACCCCACCCCGACCCACGGCCUGGACGAUGGCCUGUACGAAAGUGUAGGCGUCCGGGAGGGUGACACGGGCCCCAAGGUGCCCUCUGCCCCGCCGUCCACAUCCUCCAACACGCCAGCUUUAGUCAGGGCUGCCCAGAGCCCGCCAGCUCAUACCAACGGAGGCCGCAAUGGAAACGGGCUUGGGAACGGGCUUGGGAACGGAGGCAGAGGGAACGGCAAGGGGAACGGCAAGGGGAACGGCAGGGGGAACGGCAGGGGGAACGUCACCAUUAAUGGUCCGGUGAAUGGAAGAGGUAAUGGGGUGAGCGCUGUCACUAGUUCCCCUCUGUCUUCUGUUAAAUCUCUGGCCAUUCAAGAUCCGACUGCAGCCGAGUACGCGUCCAUACGCAAGUUCAAAAAGGUUGACAAGACGAACAGGAAGGAAAACAACGGGGCCGACAGCCAGUCAGACAGCCAGUCGAGCGUGAGUGAUUCACCCUCCACUGCUCCUCCUCCCCUGCAUCGCAGUCAGGAGUUUCCACGCAAGCCGCUGGAGCCGUUCCACCUGCACUCCUUCCCAAAGGAGGCCGUGUUCAUGGGCAACGGGGAGCAGUACAUCUGGAAGCCUCCAGAGGACGAUGACAUCAUCACCUUGCACCCACCUCCACUCCGUGGCGAGAACGGACAGGGGCACCCAUCUCCCCCAACUGCAAAGGAGAUUGCAGACACUUACUCCAUCGUGUGUAAAUCCCAGAAGAAGAAACCUCCUAUGGAAAACAACGGAGCGAAGACCCUCCCACGCUCCUUCGGUGGGGAUAGGGGAAACCGGGGUCGAGGAAGAGGAGUCCAGGGCCCGGCGCGUUCCCAAGAGGAGCCCUGCUAUGAGUCGGUUGGAGACAGGUCCUGGUCCACAUGCGCAAUGGCCGAGUCUGACCCCGCGUACGCUACUAUCGACAGCCACCGGAAACGUGAGCAGGGGGGAACCAAUAACGGCACAGCAGGGGGUAGUGCCACUCUGAAGAGAAAGAAGCAGGUGCCGCCUCCGCCGCCGCCGCCGCUGCCGCCGCAGCCACCGCAGCAGCCACCGCAGCAGCCACCGCAGCAACAACAACAGCAACAACAGCAACAACAACAGCAACCGCAACCGCAACCACAACAACAAGCAGCACCAGCGGCACCUCAGGGCUCAGGACCCACCGCCCCGCCUGCUAGAGGCCUGCCUGGUGGGGAAAACUUCUAUGAGAGCAUCAGUGAUGUGAAACAAGGGGGCAACAGCGCCAGCACCACCACCAUCUUCACCUUCAAUGAUGGGAUGGAGAUGUACGUCACUGGCCUGUAGCUGGCUGACAGUCAGAAGGGCCCCAGAACCCUCUGGUACUGAGUCAGGAACGGGACCCUGUUGACCUGCCAGCAGGUUACUGUACAUAGAUACAAGGCCCUCUAUAGACAAAACACAUGAGGAUCCAUUUUUGUGUUGACAUCAGGUACAAACAGGGUCUUAAUCCAGGUUCAGACUUCCCUUGAUUGGUCUGCACUUCAGAACCAGCCUAAGCCUAGUCCAGCCCGAAUAUGGACCAAAUACAUUUCAACAACCAAGAAAAAAAACAAAGAAAAGAAAACUGGAAUUAACUGUACAACUUAAAUCUACUGUGUCACUGACCAUACUCACCUGUUUGUGCAUCAUUUUCCAUAAUAUCUUUAUUUUUAUAAGAACACCGUACUCUUUAAAGAGUAUGUGAUGAAACUCACAACAUGAGACAAAAAAACACUUUAAUAUAUGUAUAACAAAAUAAAUGUGCAUGCAUUGGGCAAACUCAAACACACCUGAACAUAAAGUGUAGUAGCAAGGAGCCUGGAUGUAUUAAGAGUGUAAGGCACAAUGAUAGCUAUUGUCACCCAUAAUCACACACAACCACAAGCACACACACACACACACACCCAUAGGCCUCAUCUUGGUGAGACUUAUGUAAUAUAAGCAGAUGGAUGUUACAGAGAUUUGCUGUGCUUAGCUCUCACUAAGCAAACAUCUGAAACAGGUUCUCGGUGCACAGUGGCCUAUUGCCUGGCCGACUGCAUCGUGGUGCUUUGUUCAAACAUAGCCCACAUAAUUUGUAGUUCUCCUUAAGCAAAGAGGCCAGUAAAGCCUUUUGUCACAGUUACACAAAUUACCUUCAACGUGCCCUACAUGUAUUAGCAAUUACCAAUAACAGCCCUUGUGAUAUAUAUAGAAAGGGACUUCUUGCGCAAUAAAGUUAAUUAUGAGAUUAGUUAACAAUCGGUGCUCAGAUUUGACAAACAUCUGUAGCCAGAAGCAUGAUGACACGCCUCAGCACACCCCCACACGGAUACACUCAGACUUGGCGGAGUCCUGCAGGGUAAAGUGAUCAGGUCAGGGGCAUCGAGUGGGUGACAGAUUUCACAAUGUGAGAUGUUGACUGUAUUACUGGGAUCAAAUGAGAGAAGACUAUUAAGAACUAAAAAUAAAUAAGGAAGUGAAAGUGUCCAAAAUAGCACAGGAUGUUUCAUUAUAUGCAGUUAAUAUGUCAUAACGUUUUUGGCUUGAUUUUAGGACCAUUUUAAUUUCGCACUGGUCAGCUGCAGGACUGGUUUGCCUAAUCGUGUGCUUUAAAGGGUGUUUCCAAAACGCCGUCCUGAUUCGCUCCCAUGGUCUCAAGACAGAACCAGAGUGGCCCUGCAGCUCACCAGACUUAAGUCUGAUGGUUGAAACAGCAACAGAAGGCUAAGGCUCCAAGAAAAAUAAAGAGCUGGGCACGAAAAUUGCCAGCGAGUGUCCUUUGGAAGGUUGCCCCUCGCCCUCUCCCCACCCUUGUCUCCAGCCUCUGAGUUCUCUCCCAUUGUAAACAAUGUCUUUCCCAUGUAGAUUUGGGGAACAUUAAAAACAGCGGACGAAAACAAAACAUUAGAGCCUUAAUAAAUGGGCAUAAAGAUGAGAGUUGGAGAGGGUUACAAGCUGCUCCCAGGCUGAGAGACGGAGGACGCAUUAGAAUGAGCUCCCUGAGACAAACAUGCGAAAACAAAGAAAAAACGGGUUUUAAAAUGUUAGUAGCAUACGCUCACAAAUGCUACUGCGUCUGAAAGUAUGUAAAAAUGAUUGCACUCUGUAUUUUAUGCACUGUUUCUUUUUUUUCUUACCUACUGACAAUACCAUUGGUUAAAUAGCUCAUGCCACUGCCAUAAAAACAGUAUGUUUAUGUUGUUGGUGCAAUUUUUUCUGCUUGAUCAAAAAAGUGCAUGCUUUGAUAUAUGGAGAUGAAAACAAAUAUUGUGGUACUUAAUUGAUCUCUUGUUCGUUGAACUUUUCUGUUGUACUCUUUUGCCGCGUGAUGCAAAGCAGCAUUCUAUUUUUUUUCAAAGCAACAACUUGGAGGAAGAGAAAGAGAGAGAGAGAGAGAGAUAGAGAGAAAGCACAGAGAGUUUAUGGCAGAGAAUUGUUUAUCCUCCCCUCUGGUGGAGCAGGACAGAGCAAUGGUGGUGGGGGAGGGAGAUGGAGAACAGCUAGUGUGGAGUUGGAUGAGGAUCGCUGCAAAUGGACAUGGAUCCAAAGGACCCUCCUCCUCCCCAUAGCGUGCACACUCAUACACUGGCAGGCACACACACACACACAAUGCAACAUUGAGCCAUGUGCGUUUUCAGUUUCGGGGAAGAAGCACAUUUUGCUUCCACUUGGUCUACCCUUGCAUACACUCCUCCCCCGGCUGUGUUCAUCCUCCAGUAACCGACACAGGCCUCUCUCUUCUCUGCUUCACCUCGCUCCCUCGCUGUGCAGGGGAGUGGCGUUUGAUGUCCAGUUCUGAGGGACUCUGGGAGUGAUAUUGGGGGUUGGGAUGGGGUGAGACAGAGGCUGUGGGUCAGGCCAACCCCAUGUCUGAUAUGAACGAUGCACCAACGGCUCAACCACUGUCUGAUAUGAGAAAUGGCUAACAGCUGGGACGCUUAACAAGCUCUGUUGAGGCUACCUUUAGACAACGCUGGCAGGAAAUCACUAUCACACUUAAUCCUUCUCCUGUGGCUGUCACUUUACGCGUCACCUUUUCUUUAUCCUAAGAGAAAGCACUGAUCUGAUAUAUUUUUUGCUGAGCACUGUCACACGCUGAUCGAGACGGACGUUCAUUGCACAAUCAAAUACAGUAUGAUGAUGUAAAUGUGUAAAAAAUACUCUGUUGCUGUUCUGAUGUUGUUCCAAUGUAACAUACAGUAUACAGUAUAUUUGUUGAAAAAAAGAUGGUUAUCACAGACACUGUACUUUGUGGAUGCAAAGUGUUUCAUGCUUUCCAUGCAGAUACAGAUGCUGUUUGUUAAUCGUUUUCAGAUAUAAUUAUGGGCCAAUACUGCUGUGACAGCUGUAGCCAAUGUUGUAUGUUCUUAAAGCACAGGGUUUAGUCUAAAAAUAGCAAAUAUAAUAAAAAAAAUAUAGUGACAGUGCAGAUAUGCAAAAGAUUGUAAUGUUUUAUAUUAACCUUCAUAAAAUAUUUAAGUGAGUUUUUACUUUUCUAAUAAAGUGGCACAUUAUAACGCG